AUGGCCGCCGUCCAAUCGAUGAUAGCGGAAUCGCUUCCCGCACCAACACCCACGAUUGCCUUGAACGGUUCUACCGAUCCCACCGCCAUGCAAAUAGAUGAACCCAGUUCGAGCCCGGCCACGAUCAGUGACAGCACAUUUGGAUGCACGCCAACAAGGGGAGAUAGCAGGAUUGUGGUUAUCGUAUUUGGACCAGGCCAGGACAAGAUUGUUUCGGUAUUUGCAGAGGUGCUUGGGACGCCAUGUCGGAUACGGAAUGGCUUUGACAAAGUCUCGGCCGACGAUUCUGGCUUUGUCGUUGGAGUCGCAGCAGGCGAAGCAAAAGGAGAUGUCGCUGCGAGGAACCAAGACCUCGUCGUUGCCAUAAAUACUCACUGUGUGAAUCUAGGGAUGCCCCCCGACAUCCACCUCUCUGCCAAUUGCGACUACGAAUUCCUCUACACCGAAUCGCCCUACCUGCGUCGCGACCUGGCCAGGUUUAUCUCUUUUACUCUAGGCCAGAUCAACUGCCAUGAAGCUCUUAUGGCAAAGCCAAGAACAUACUUCAUUUCCACAACCUUCCCAGACGUUCGCGCCGCUCUGCCUAAUAUCGAUAUUCUGACUGUGGGUGCAGAUGCGGUUGAGAUCCGCGUCGACCUAUUGAGAGAACCCCUCAGCGAAGGCGGUUUCUCAGAAGUUCCUAGCCUGAGCUACGUUGGUGAGCAACUCAUGCUGCUUCGUCAGCGAACAGAACUUCCCAUUAUCUUCACCACCCGAUGUGUCAGAGAGAACGGGAGGUUUCCCAUGGAUAGGCCCGAACUAUACUACGAAUACCUAUACCGCGCGAUCCAGUGGGGUGUAGAGUACAUCGAUGUAGAGCUGUGGCUCCCGGAAGAAAUACGCAAGAAGCUGUAUGACCAACGAGGCAACUCCCGCAUCAUGUCGGCAUUCCAUGAUUUCUCAGGAUCCUUCCGAUGGCCAUUGGCGUACGCUCAGGAGGUGUUUGAGAGGUCUAUACCUUAUGCUGAUAUCAUCAAAAUGAUUGCCAUCAUCAAUGAACACAAUGAGAAUUUCGAACUUGAGUAUUUCCGCUCCAAAAUGCGUGCUGAAUAUCCAAACGCACCACCCUUUUCCGCCGUCAACAUGGGCGAGGUCGGUCAGUUUUCGAGGACUUUGAACCCCGUCUUCACGCCUAUUACCCACCCACUGCUUCCUCUCAUAGCGGCUCCUGGUCAGUUGAGCGCGGCCGAGAUCAAUGCAGCGCUAUCUCUACUGGGUCAGCUACCAAGAAAGCGUAUCUACGGAAUCACCAGUGCAUUGUCUCGAAGCGCUACGCCCCAAGCACCUUUCUACGAGAAGUGUAUCAACGAAUUAGGCCUCCCGCACCAAUUUGCAGUUGUCGAAAGACAUCCCAAUAACCCAAGGAGCAUCGAAGCGUGGUGCAACCAAAAGCACUUCGGAGGCGCAUAUCUCAACCCUGCCCUGCCGCAUCAUACAUUAACCAAGACUAGCCCCUUCUUCGCUGGUCUAAAUGGAGGUAACGGUCCAGUACUGACUGAAGCUGCUCGCGUUAUUGGAGUUGUAGAUACCAUUGUGGUCCAAUCUGGAACAUCGUCCAGAUCAUCGUCACCCGGUUCGAUGCCAUCAAGUCCGCGUCACCGACAGAGCGACUCGGUUGAAUUCAGUAGCCAGUCUGGCCUGGGAUCAACAACCUCUCUUGUAUUCGACAAUGCUGGUUGGAAGGGUAUACUUAGCACACUCACACGCGAUUUGGCACCUUCUGCGUAUUUCGGUCGCUCAGCUGUUGUUAUGGCUUCAUCGUCGGACGACGCAGCCCCUGUUUUCUUCGCCAUGAGAGCACUCAAGAUAUCCAAGAUCUACACGGUCGGUUUCCGCACACCAAUCAGUCUCGCUCGAAACGCACCUCCGAUCGAACCUUUCAUCAGCCUCGAGAGCCUCCAGCGUGCUCGCUCCGUGGAAAACGACAGCGCUCCCUUUGUCAUCGUAUCGGCGCUUGGUUCGGAUAAGAGCCAUCUUGUUGGCAUGUUACUGCGAGCAUUCGGAGGUGUUGGGCCAAAGGGAGUAACGCAUACCAAAAAGGUUUUUCUUGAUCUGGCCGAUGGAGCUGGAAGGAAGAGCUCAGAUCCAGGACUGAUUGCUGAGAAGAAUGGGUUUGCCGCUUAUGGAGCUGACGAUGUGGCUGCUUUCACAACGGUUGAAAGCCUGCGGUUACUCGUUGGGCAAAACGUGCCUUACAGUUUUGUCAGGCUGGCAAGUGGGAGCCACCGAUAUGGAGCUUGA